CGGAGUGCGCACCGCACGAGCGAGCAGCUGAUAUUUCUAAACUUCACUUCACUUAAACGUUAUUUAUCGCGGUGGAAAAGAGACAAACACACAGGUGAGGAGCUUGGCUGAUGGAUGAGGAUGAGGAUGAUGUGCGCAGGAAGGGUCUACAGCGCUGGCCUUCCUCCCGCGUUCAGAUAAAGCAGACCGAGACAGCAGGGACACCCCCUGUAUCCCCCAGCGGCAUGCUGCCCUGCCGAGUGCAUGUCGAGCCCACACGCUUUCUCUACGGGAACGCAGGAUUGUUACUUCUAGCGUCUCCCAGCCGCUCUCAGCCUCCAGACGUGGUUCUCCGGCAGGACCUGCGGAUGAUGGACCCAGCGGUGGCGCGGCCCGAGCGGAGCGUGGAGACCCUCAUCGGGCAGAAGCUCCAGCUGAUCGGAGAUCAGUUCUAUCAGGAGCACAUGAUGCAUCAUGGAAACCAAAGGAACCAGGAGCCGCUGUGGUGGCGUGUGGCGGUGGCGUUCUACACGCUGGUAUUCGGCAGAGAGGCAGACGCGAGGGAAAAUCGCAGGUGAAACACCUCUCAAACACCGUGUCCCAGUCCUCUUCACGGAGCGGGACGUUUAACAGCACUGUCUGAAAUCUAACACGGGUUUUGAGGGGAAAAUCAGAGACUGGAACGAAGACGUCUCCGCAGGACGGGGACUGUUUUUAACGUCUUUUUCCUCAUGAAGAUGCCAUGAUGUUCUUGAGAUUCAAACAGGAAUAUUUUCAUAAACAUGUCGAGGUAUUUUGUACAGGAUGCUGUUUAAUUUUCUUUGCACUUCCAUAUACGUGUAUAUAUGAAUGACCUCCACGAGUCUUGGGAAUGCCUUACUGUCCCACGGCACCCAUCUACGGAUGAUUAGGAUGGGAUUUUCCUUCAGAAAUCUUCCAAGACGUCCAGCAACUUGACAAAUCUCCAAAGAGCCCGUUUUUCUCAGAACAAAGCUUGUUGC